AGGAUGAACAAGGCCUUACUGAUUAUGAUUCUUUUAAAAAGCAUGUGGCAGAAAGUAUUCCAAAAAGUGACAAAACUAUUAUACUGAGAACUUCUGGUUAUGGCAAAACUCGCUUAUGCAUUGAAACUUUAUGUCACAAUUUUGGCCUAUACUUAAUUGCUUUUUCAUAUAGUAUUGGUUCUUUAGACUUGGAAGAAUCAGCAUGUUGGAUGAAAGAUAAUAUCGCAGACAAAUCAGCUAAAGUUGCAGAAGGAAUUGCAGUGCAGACAAUGAUUACAAUUAUUUGCAUAACUGGGUCUAGCCUAUCAUUAUUGCGAGCAAGAGGUGAAAUAUUUUCGAGGGGAAAGGAAGAACCACAUAUUCUAACCUUUAAUGAUUUUGGUCGAAUUGAAACCUCUGAUGAGUUAUUUGAACUGGUAAAGAGUAUAAUUCCUCUAAAAGAAGAAGAAAAAGAAUAUCUCAUUAGUUCUAAUGAUUUUAAUCCUGAAGAACAACUAAUGAGUCUCAUUGAGAAUCUUACAACUAAAGCUGAAGGUUUAUCAAACAGAGAAUAUAAUAUCUACACAGGCUUCGAAAAUUUGAAAAAAUAUCCUUCAGGUCGACCUACUAAUAUCAACUGUGUUGCUACAUUACAAUUAAUGAAAAGUGCCUUUGUUUCAUAUUCUAUGACAGAAAGGCCAAUAGCGUUUACCAGUAAUAAUGAGAUAGAUGUUAUGAAUUUGGGCUUUGUUUAUAUCAAAAGUCUUCAAAAAAAAUUUAAAUGCGUCAUUGACGAGUCUCUCGUUAUUCAAACUGCAUUCAACAACUUUAAAAGGAAUCUGAAUAAUGUGUGGUUUCAGCUGAUGUCACAGACCAAUUUUAAUGCGUCUAUGUCAGGACUUAUUUGGGAGAAGAUUGUUGUAAAUUAUUUGCGUAAAAACUCUUUGAAA